UCAAAUUUUUUUUAUACUUCUUCAUGACAAGACAUUCUAGUUGCUUGUCUUGCUUCUCUAGCCUAUCAGGCAGCACCACUGUAAUACUCUGGGUUAUUGAGUUUUAAAUUACACCUCGAUGUAUUAUUGGCCCCUUAUGUGUUUUUCUCCAUCAUAUAAUGUUAUAUUAGCAAAAAAUAAAGAUUUAUUAGUUAGGGUUUAUGAGUAAACAUAUUAUAGCAUAUUUAAAAUGUUAGCUUUGUGAAUAUAGUUGGAUGCGAUCAGAUAAAACCUCUAGAAAUAUGACUUUAAUUAAACCUUCUUGGCAUAUCAUUAAACUUAAUCAUCUAAUCAAAAUUUAUUCAUGGCCAUAUGAAAAUUUUCUUUUUAUGUCAAUUUUAUGUCAUUAUAGUUUGAAGUUCAAAAUGUUUGAAUUUUAUAAAUAUAAAAAUAAUUUAGAUCUUGUGGAUAAAUUUGGUAUUCAGGGCAUAGAUGUUGAUAAAAGUGUUGUUUACCAGGGCCCAAUCGAUUUAAUUAAUAAGCAAAUACCAGAUGAUAAGAAUGUUAAUUUUCCACCCAUGGGUGCUACAUUUGUUGGUCUUAACAAUACAGCUGCUCCUCUGUCAAAUAAAAGUGAGAAUCAUUGCUGGACAGAUAUUGACGCCCAAGAAGAUUUUUUGAUGUCAAAACCAACAUGUUACUUAAUCUUAGGUAAACCAGGGUCAGGUUGUUAUAGCCUUGGUGAAGCACUUUCUAAGAGACUGAAAUGUGUCCACCUGUGUCCUAAAAAUAUUAUUCUUGAUGAAAUAGACCAAAAAAGUACUACAGGAAAUGCAUUGGACUUCAACUUUAAACAUAACAAAGUCUGUAAAUAUGAUAUUAUAUUGACAUUACUGAAGAAAAAGCUGAUAUCUCCCGCCGUAAAACAUAGAGGUUAUGUUAUAUCAGGAUUUCCUAUGCUGACUUCGAACCGGGAUACACAAUAUUUCUUUGAAUCCCUGUUUAGUGAAGAAUCUCUAGAUGUUAUGGAAGAAUUUAUGUAUGAUUUGAUUUGCAAUUUGAAAAAGAAAAAGCCCAAACAAAAGAAGGCGCCAGUAACAUCACAAUCAUCAGUCAGUAGUGAUAUAGGAGGUGAAGGGGAAGAUGAACCAGAAGAAGAACAAGUGCCAGAAGAAGAAGAAGUGUUAGAAGAACAAGAACCACCUGUGGAGUUGCCCAAAUAUAUAUUAGACUCUUGCAGUAAUAUAAUUUCUUACAAAAAGUCCUACUAUGACACUAAACAAGUGGCUUUAAUAAAACAAUUCCAAGAAAUAAUUGAUAUGGCUCCUGAUAUAAUAAUCUACAUCACUUGCCCUGACGUUGAUUUGGUGGCUAAGAAAAGUCAUAAAUACUUUAAUUAUAUAAGUAAUCAACAUACUUUUGAACCCUUCACAAUAAUGAAAGAAGAUUCAGAAAUAAGAUGGCCAGCAAAAUAUACCAUCAGUGACUACACUAGUCCUUUUGACAGCCAUAUUUUUAACUCAAAAUAUAGUUGCAGACAACCAUUUAACUUUAAAAAUCAAUCCAUUGAGCAAAUGUGUAACUACAAAAAGUGCAUCUUGUCAUAUAUUGAAGAAAAGAUAAAAGAUUUUGAUUCAAAAGUUAUCCUAAAGUUAGAUGGUCGCACGUCAACUCACGAAAUGAUGCAUCAUGUCAUGGAACGACUUGUUUUACUUGUUAUUAAACCAGUGUUAAUUCCUGAACCAUUGUAUCUUGAAGAAGCACCAGAAGAUUUAGAAGAAUUUUGGAAAUUGGUAGAUGGGUUAAAUGUCAUUCAAAGUGAUGUUGUACAUUUUAACAGAUAUAUGUCGCCAUGGUUUAAUAGAUGCCCAGUAGAACUAAAAAAUAGGCAGUCGGUACAGGGAAAACCAAAAUUUGCUGUCAUGUUCUUUAAACAUGUGUAUCUUUUAUCGUCUCUUGGCGCUAUGAUAUCUUUUUGUAGAAACCCGCGGCCAUAUUUAAAAUUAAAAUAUUUAGAGCCUACUUGCAGAGUUAUCAUAAUUGGAACAAAAUUAUCUGGUAAAACUAUGAUAUCUGAAUGUUUGUCUUGGAUUUUUGAUGCACCGGUAUUUUGUUAUAAAAAAUUUCUAGAGGAAGAAAGAGAGAAAAAGUAUAAUAUUUAUGCAAAAUCAAUUCUAUCGGAAAUUAUAGCUACCAUCGAAGACGCUCGACUAGUCGCAUGGCAAAAUGCAGAAUUGGAAAGAUAUAGGAAUUUAGAUAUGUGGUAUGAGUCAACAGAAAAAAAAUUAAAUGAAUACAUUCCCCUUCUAGAAGAGAACAUAAAAUAUACUCGGCAACAAAAAUUAUAUUUAGAGGAAGAGCGUAUAUCGGAGCUUGAGGUAGAACUAGAAGAUAAAUCUUUAAAAACAGAUAAAGGUUUCAAAGAAGAAAUGGAGCUUGAUGAAGAUUUUUGGGAAUCAUUUAAUUCAUUAUUAAACAAGCUUAAUUUUUUGCCAUUUCUCGAUGACAUAGAAAAAUGCAAAAUUGCUUUAUUAGAUCGUACAUUUUUAUCUCGGUUUGCCCCAGUUGAGUUAUUAACAGUGAAAGAAAAACCAGGCAUACCUAUGUUAGGCGAUGAAGAUGUUACAAAUGCUAUUUCAACUUAUAUUAUCGCAAAUGAUUUACAAAAAGAAAUUGAACCAAGCACAGAAGAGUUGGUAAAUGAAAUAAUUAGAAUUAUUGGUGAUAUCGAUAUGGAUGUUAAAAAUUCUACCAAUGCACAACAUUGCUAUGGAAAAUACAUCAUAGAUGGUUUUCCCUCGGAUCCCGAAUAUUGGGGUCAUCUCAUUGAUUCAAAUUUUUUACCGGAUUAUACGAUUAGUUUAUUCGAGAACAAGGAAAUUGAUGAUGAGCUAGCAAAACAUUAUGUGACUAUAGAAAAGAGUUUAAAAAAUUACGCGGAGCGAUUUGCAGUAGUUGACGAUCCAUUAAUUAAAAUUAAACUUCUUACUACUAAAAUUCCUGAUUCCCACAAAAUUUACAUGCAACAAUUAGUCAAUGAUUCAAUAAAUAAUACAUUAAAUACCAUUCAGGGUGAAACCACAAGAGAAGAAGACCGCGCUAAUCUUGACACAUCCAUUUUAACAUCACUUACUGAGUCCGUUGAAAAAUUUCGAGAAGACUGGGAUACUUUGAAAUUGAAAAUAGAAGAAAACUCGAAAUCCAUUAUAGAUAUCCAGUUGGAAAGUAAAUCAGAUUUACAAAUCAUACAAGAAGUGUUGACCAAACUACGUACUAACUAUUCUCUGUCUUGUGAAGCAAAUGAAGAAGAAGAAACUGAAGUACUGGAAGAUGAGGAUGAGAUUGUAACGGAUGAUCUAACGUAUAACAAUCCAAAAAUGUUAUGUGAAACUAGCACAUACUGCCCUGUUGCAUAUUAUGAUUACAAAGUUUUAUGGGAAGGCAAACCAGAAUUCUGUUUUAAAUAUAAUAAUAAAAUUUAUUAUUUUUGCAAAGAAGAAUGUUCUUUGCUCUUUCAAAAUGACCCUACUAAAUAUCAGUGCUACAACCAACCUUUUAAAAAAAUGCCGUCUAUUAGAAUAUGUGUAGUAGGAUCCAUUGGCAGUGGCAAGUCUACACUGUCGAAGUAUAUAGCUAAAGAACUUGGGUUAUUACACAUUGAUUUUGAAGACGCAGUAAACGACUAUCUCAUGCCAAGAAAUUUCAAAAAAAUUGGGCGUCGUUAUGAGAAUAUUUUUACUGAUAUUCCAAUUGACGACGAAGCUGCCCCAGAAUUUCAUAUCGAUGAAGAAAAUGAAGAUCAGGUUUUUGAUAUAUUAUCCAAUGAAGCUGAGCUGAGGCGUAUGAUUUAUAAUUACUUUGAACGGGGCUCGGCAAUGAUCCCUGCACUUAUGCACAGGCUUAUUAAAAAAAUAUGGUUCCAAAAUCCAUUUGUAAUGAACGGAUUUGUAUUAGAUGGUUACCCGCGACUACCUACAGAUAUCGAAGAUAUGGUGACAUGCUUAUGUAUUCCUGAUAUAAUCAUAACGUUAGAAAGUAGUGCCGAAAAAUCUCUAGAAAGGGUCUCAACUAGGAUGUUUAAGAUCUGGAAAAACCAGCUUAACGAAGCUAAAAACGUGGCUAAAAUGAAAUUAGAUAGGGAAAAAAAGGAAUGGAUGAAUAUUAUUACUAAAAACGUAGUUGUGAAACUUAUAUAUGAUGAAGUUAUAGACAAAAGUUGCAUAUCUACGGAAGAACCUGUAAAGGGUCUUUCUGCGGAAAGCGUUAUAAUUGAUGCUCAUCCCUCUGGAUCUUCAAAUGUUGAUGCAAAUCUAUUCAAUACAUAUAACGAAAUGAUUCAGAAUUUACCAGAGCCAACAGAUCAAAGCGUGUGGGAAAAGCCGACAGAUGCUCGAGAAAGAAUAGAUGCAAGAGUGGAAAGUAUAUAUGAAGUCGAUGAUGAAAAUAUUCAAACUAUGAAAGAUACGUUGUUAGAACAAAAAAUUAAAUUCGUGUCGAUUGAUGCUACUAAAAAUAUUGAUAAAGUUUUACGCGUAGCAUUAUUAAAGAUUAAAAACGUAAGAAAUAGAAAUUCUUCCUUUUUUGAACAAACAUUUAUUGUUGAUACAGAUAUUGCAGAAAUUUUAUUGGCAAAAGGUUUUUUUUUCUUAAGCAAGUUUAACCGGAUAUGUCCAGUGCAUAUAUUCGAGAAUCCGAAAAACACUGUUCAUCCAUAUAAAAUAAACAAGAAAAGAAGUACUGUCUUUCCUGUCGUUCAUCGCUGUUAUAUUUACUUCAUCUGUGGAGCAGAAAAUGUGAGAAAAUUUAGAUCAGACCCACUAAAAUAUAUCAUCAGUGACGCCAUAAAAUUAUUUUAUGAUUAUCCUUUAAGAAUUAGUGUUAUUGGAGGGCCUAAAUCUGGUAAAAGUUCUUUAGCAGAUAAGCUUUCUAAACGAUAUGGCUUAAUCUGUAUUUCACGUGGAAAAUCUAUGAGACAAAUAUUAGAAAAUUUUGGUUGGACAGAAUUAGGUGCAAAAAUGAUAAAAGCCUUACAAGAAGGAGAGAAAGUUAAUUUUGAGUUAAUUGUCAAAGCUAUUCAAACAGUCGCGAUUGAUCAUCGGACAACUACAUCUGGAUAUGUGUUUGAUGGUUUUCCUGAUUCACCGUCUGAAGCCUUGGAACUUACCGAACAUGGCUUAUAUCCUUGUAUUAUAUUUGACAUAUCAAGCACGAAAGAUAAAGUACUGCAAAAUUCACAGAACGAAAUAUACCUUAACGUCAUCAAAUUAAAGCCACCUUAUUCAGCAUCUUUUAUUGAUUUUAGAUACGAAAUGUUUAAAGAUAAUUUCUAUGCCAUCAGAGAAUGGAUUCAAAAUGAUUUCCAAAAUUUGUAUUCAAUUGAUGGGACAAAAUCAAAAUGGCAAUGUUUACAAGACGCCGAUGUUAUCAUUACUAGUAUUGUGCCAAAGAUACAUUACUACUUGAGUAACGAAAAUAAUAAUGUCGUACCCGUAGACGUUAUGUGUAUUUCUAAUGCGAUGUUUGAGAAAAUGAUGACCAACUUCAAAGACAUGUGUCCUUUAUGUCUCCGUAAAAAUGUUUUCAAAUGCAGUGGAUAUCCAGUUAACAAAAAGGGCGUAGUUCGAUUUAAAAAUAGAUUUUAUUGGAUCUGUGCCGAUCACAUGGACAGCGUAUUAAAGGAUCCUCAUUGCUAUCUUACUCAACAGAAAAUUGAUAUACCUGAAAUACCAGCAGUUAUUAAAACUAUUCAUCGGGAUCGCGUUUACGAAAAUGGCGUGUGUAUCGUUACAUACGCUGAAAACUUACCCGCUCAAAAAAUAGAAAUAGGAAGUAGGAAUUUCGCAGCCAGUUUUAAGGGAUAUAAUUAUUUGUUUUGUAGUGAAAGAUGCCUUCUUAAGUUUUUAGCAAAGCCUCACAUGUUCUCUGAUAUCACAGUGUUUAAGGAGACAAAAUUGUUUCCUCCUUUACCACUAAAAAACCUGCCUGACCUUGGUUACUUGGAACAAACAGUAGGAAUUAUGUUAACAGAUGCUUGCUGCGCCUUGAACGUGGCGAGGCCCAAGUAUCCGGGACUUAGCAUUCAAUUGUCUGGAUUAUUAUUUGUAGCUUUGUACUUAAAAACGCAUAAUCCUCUUAGAGAAAAAUCUGCUUUGGAAUUGUAUGAACAAGUUUUUAAGACUUUUGAAGCCAGAUCAAAUCUUAUUAAAGACGUAGGCUUACGCUUACGUUCAAUGGAUAACCCGUUCGCAAAGUAUCCUCGGUGUUGUAACCGUGGCAAAAAAAUUGCCGAAAUACGAAAAGUAUCAAGCAAGUCGUCUGAUAGGCAAAUAAAGAACUCUAGUUCUACUGGCGCAUUAACUGCUAUUUCUGAUUGAUAGGCUUUUGUUUAUUUUUUUAUUGAAAUACUAAUUGUUCUCAUUUCUUUAAUAAAUAGAUUAAAUUAUUUU